CAGCAUCAUCCAUUUACACUGGUCGAGCCACAUCGCAUCCUUCUCCGCUCGAACUCUCCGCUCCGCUGGGAUGCCGUCGUCGAGUAACGGCGGCAGUGAUUCGCUCGGGAGCGCCUGCGCUGGAGGACACCGUCCCCGUGCAGUUUUUGGAGCGUGACUGGGAUGAAGGCACGAGGAGACAAAUAAAAAUCUGAUCAUAGCCGGCUAACGCUAGCACGCUAACGUUAGCUGCCCGUUUUCCCCUCCCUGCUCACUGACCGAUGUGUUUUCCUCCAUGAAUAAACACCCCUUUAAUGCCCCCCACCUCCUUUUUUUAUUCUUACGAAGACAUGCUGGAGUCACCGAGGACAUUUAUCUCAAGGAUAAAACAUCGCAGGGGUCUCCUAACCUCCAAAGGGUAACGCCAGUUAGCCAUUAGUACCUUUUAUUUUUUACAUUUUUCUCGCUCGUCCGUGGAGAUGCUGGCAGAGGAGGAGUGUGUCUAGCGCUGAUCCAGAACUCGCAUGGAUACUCACUCCAUGAAGGUCAUGAUACUGAGAGAAUGAUCAUGCUGGAAAAACAGAGCUCGACGCAGGAGAUCGGCGAGGAGGCCGAGGAGGACGCCAUCUUCACCAUCACGCUGAGGAAGGUGCAGCUUCACCAGUCGGCCAGCAAGGGGCAGCGAUGGCUGGGCGUGGACACGGACUCCGCCCUGAGCCUCUACGAAACCUGCAAGGUGCGGACCAUCAAGGCCGGCACUCUGGAGAGGCUGGUGGAGUACAUGGUGUCGGCGUUCAAGGGCAAAGACUCCACCUACGUCACCAUCUUCCUCUGUACCUACCGAUCCUUCGCCACCACCAAGCAGGUGCUCGAUCUCCUGCUCAACAGGUAUGCCAAGCUCCAAAAUGUGCCUGCAGCCACAGCACACAGAGCCUCCCAGGACGACCGCACAGAGCUGAGAAACACUGUUUCGUCCAUCCUGGGCGCGUGGCUGGACCAGUACUCUGAGGACUUCUGGAGCCCUCCAAACUACGAGUGUCUGCAUCAGCUCCUCGCUUACCUUCACCUCCACUUCCCCGGCUCGGACCUGGAGCGCCGUGCCCGCAACCUGCUGGCCCACUUCCACCGAAGACAGCAGUGUGAGCCUGAUCCUGAUGGUAUGAAGGCAGGACAAGAGAGGGACACCAGAGCAGGGGAACACAUCGGCUGCCCUUUUGCUACGCAGGAAGAGAGCGGCUUUGAGGAUGAGCUUCCUGCUUUCAGUUUCCUGUCGUUUGACCCCAUCAUGGUGGCAGAGCAGUUCACGCUCAUGGACGCGGAUCUGUUCAAGAAGGUGGUUCCCUACCACUGCCUGGGGGGGAUUUGGUCUCAGCGGGAUAAGAAAGGUAAGGAGCACCUGGCUCCCACCAUCAGAGCCACCGUGGCCCAAUUCAACUCUGUCACCAACUGUGUCAUCACCACCUGCCUGAGCAACCCGGCACUGAAGCCCAACCAGAGAGCCCGUCUGCUGGAGAGGUGGAUAGAAGUUGCCCGGGAGUGUCGAAUACUAAAGAACUUCUCCUCGUUGCGAGCCAUCCUCUCCGCCCUGCAGUGCAACGCAAUCCACCGCCUAAAGAGGACCUGGGAGGAAGUGUCACGGGAAAGUUUCCGAACCUUCCGCGAGCUGUCCGAGAUCUUCUCUGACGACAACAAUUACUCCCUGAGCCGAGAGCUGCUGGUGAAGGAGGGCACCUCCAAGUUUGCAACUUUAGAAAUCAACCCUAAACGCGCUCAGAGGAGACACCAGCAGCAGAGAGACCUGGGAGUGAUGCAGGGGACGAUCCCUUACCUGGGGACUUUCUUGACGGACCUGGUGAUGAUGGACACUGCCAUGAAGGAUUACACUGAGGGUGGUCUGAUUAACUUCGAGAAGAGAAGAAAGGAGUUUGAGGUGAUCGCUCAGAUCAAACUGCUCCAGCUGGCCUCCAACAACUACAAUUUCACUCAGGACAGCCACUUCAGGGAGUGGUUCGCCGGCGUGGACAAAUACAGCGAGGCAGAGAGCUACAAUCUCUCCUGUGAGAUCGAGCCUCUGUCAGAGUCGGCGAGCAACACGCUCCGAGGCAAGAAGAACGGAGGAAUCAUGAAGCGCUGGAGCGACCGACAGUUGACGGAGGCCGGUUGCAGCAGCGCCGCAGGCUCUCACUCCAAGUCCUUCGACCACUCGCACUACAGGCCGUACCAAGGAGGAGGGGGGGACAGUGGCGACGCGCUCAGCGUCACCUCUGUCAGCUCGAGCGGAUCAGACCUGGAGGAUGUGAACGCCAGCUUCCUGUCAGACUCACCGGAGGGACACGAGAGAAAGACGUCGACUCCUUCGGUGAAACUAACUGUCUCAGCACUGGGGAGAGAAGCUCCAGCUGCAGAUACAACCUCAACGUUCUGGGAAUGUACGUCUCUGUCGUCUCUGGACACGUCCGGGAUGGGCUCCAGCUCUGGUUCAGCCUCCGGCUCCAGCAGCGCCUCCUCCUCCUCCGUCUCCUCCUCCACCCCGCUGUCGGCCUCACGCUCACACAAACGCUCGGUGUCGGCGGUGUCGAACUACUCGACUCUGUCGCUGCCGUUGUACAACCAGCAGGUGGACGACUGCUGCAUCAUCAGGGUCAGCCUGGACGUGGAGAACGGGAACAUGUAUAAGAGCAUCCUGGUGACGAGUCAGGACAAGACUCCGGCAGUGAUCAGGAAGGCCAUGAUCAAACACAACCUGGAGCGAGAGAAGACCGAGGACUACGAACUCAUGCAGAAAAUCUCUGAGGACAAAGAGCUCCGGAUCCCGGACAACGCCAACGUCUUCUACGCCAUGAACUCCACUGCCAACUAUGACUUUGUGCUGAAAAAGCGCGGCUUGGCACGGCCCGUGCGGGCCAAGAACGUGGCCAGUUCGACGCUGCCUCGCAUGAAACAGAAGGGACUGAAAAUCGCCAAAGGGAUUUUCUGAGGAGACUUCCUAUCUCCUCCUCCUCCUCCUCCACUCACCCUCUUCCUCCUCCUCGAUCACCUUCUCUGGCCUCCACUCGUCAGCUUCUGCUCAGGUGCUUGAGUUUUUGUUCAGACAAAAACUGGACAUGCAAGAGGAGGAACGACCAAGCGCACCUUCCUGAGGACUAACGGGAAGCAGAGGAGCACCUUAACACUUAACUGUCGCGUCGUCGGGACCCUGAGAGGACGUUAAAAGGCUGAAGGACACGUUUGUGGGGGGAACAAACGAGGCGUGUUGGCUGCUUCAGCCGGCUCAUGGAAAAGCAUCGGAUCUCCCGGUCCUUUUACGUUUCGUUUACAGCUGUUUACAUCUUAACAUCAGUUGGUCAGAUGAGUCGUUUCUGCACCUUCGACAAAAACACUCUUUUCUGUUUUUUUAAACCAUGUGGCAGCGCCUCAUCCCUGUGUGAUCACUCUGCGGUCUUCAUGCUCGCACCCUCCUGCGUGGAGCGAACACUAACGGACAGAAAGGUGUCUGAAUGUGAUUCUACUUUUUCAGGGAGCUUUUGUUUCGAGCGCACCGCCACCACCGCUUUCGCCCCGGUGGUCCCUGAUGUCGACAGUGCCUGCAGGACUGCAGCACUUGAAGGUUUCGCUGUCCGCCGCCUCAGCAUUUUAACACCAGCGACGCUGACGUGGGCGUGGAGCGAUCUGGACUCUUUAAACUCCUGAACGCUGCCAUGUUACACAUACACAAAAAUAAAAGGUCCCGUGGCCUGAAACAGAGACGUGGUGUCAAAACCAGUGGGCACAGCCAUGAAUCACAUGCCACUGUUUUCUUUUUUUUUAUUAUCAUCAUUAUUAUUAUUAUUAUUGUUGUUAAUUAAUGAAUCGUAACCACUACAUGGAGAAGGAUGCAGCAGAGUGGGACAGAAACAUGAGCUGAGAACAAGACACACAAAAACUGAGUGUAUAUAUCGAUUAACACCAUCUGUGCAGUAUAUUCUUUUCAAACGGACCACGAGAUUUUGUUAACAGACUCAACGCUUUGUUCUUUUCUCUUUGUACAUUUGUUUGCAUCUCUCUCUUUGAUAUGGUGCUGCUACUUAUCUUUCUGAAGACGUCAUAAUGAGCUGCACCUCACGUUUUUGUUUUUUUCUCUUCCUCCUGACCGCCAGCCGCCAUGUAGGAACACAGAAACGUCUGAGGCUUGGCCAACAUGGCGGCUUGGCUUUCAUAUCCAUCAGUUUCCAAAUGUGCCAUGACGGGCCAGGUGAGCGCUGCAUCUUUGGUUUUUACGUGUCUGUGAUGGCAGCAGAGUCUUUCCUCUCUGGGCUCUAACUAACAGUUCAUGUGGGGAAAAAGUAGAUUUGGAUGAUUUUUAGGUUCUCUGUUCCUGUUAGCGUACAGAAGAGCUCCUGAAAGUUUCGUGCGUAGGCGCCCAGGCGAAGGACAGUGACGCUGCCAGACUGAACACGGGGGAACAAACUCUUCUCUUUACGCUCUCUGUUUCUUUAGAGGUAAAAAUCCAACCUUAAACACACUCAGCGCUGUUUUUUUAACAAGCAGUUUUUGGUGACUUGCUUCAGAUAUUUGUGGUUGGUAUUUCCUUCAUUUCUGCAGGUGCUAAAUGACAAAACUAAUGUGGCUUAACACAGAACAUUUGCCAGAUCUAAUAAAAAGCGGUGCAGAGGUGCUAAACAUAAACUGUAUACUAAAGAUGGACAUACCCACUGUAACGUGCCAUCAGUAGCAGGGGGUGAAUCAGCUGAGCAACUAAGAGACACCCUCAUAGGCUAGGGAAUGACAACCACUUCUAAUGGGGACCAUGGUUUCCAAAGACUUACACAAUAUUGUAUUCACUAAUACUUGAAUCUAACAAUUGAGACCAUAAACUUAAGAGGAAACUGUUUCCUGAUGUCAUAGAUCAUGUGAGUAGUGUGGUCAUUUUCUGUAAUAGAAGUCUAUUUGCAGCUGCAGGUGUCGCCCCCUGCUGGCCAUUAGAUACAUUGAAGGCUUAAAGGACCUCGAAGGACACCAAAGUAUGUCUGUCUUCUUUCACACUAGUGAAAAGAAAACAUCAAAAUCUGUUGCAAAGCAUUCUGGGAAGUGGAGGAAAUGGGAAAUUUAAAAAAAAAAGAUAAGUCACCAGAAACACACUAAAAUCUGAGGUUGGACUUUUUCCUGAUGUGUUAUUCAUACCACCACAACAACAAAACAUCUGGCCUGUGCUGCGACCAUGUUUUGCCUUUUUUGUUGUUUUUGUUUGUUUUUUCAUCUGCAUGAAGGUCACGUACAAACGAUCAAAUGAAUGAAACGCCCAUUUAAAAAAAAGAAAAAAGAGAGAGUGAUAGCAAUAUGGUGACGAUCAGCUGGAGGCACGGCGUCCGGCUGUCGUGGGUGUUGUUUGUUACCGCUGUGGCGUGAAAUCCUUCGCUGUUGAACACUGUGACCUUCGACCCUUUCACUCUGCCCUCUCUGCCUGUUGAUCGGCGCGUCCUGUCGAGCACUGUGAACCCAAAUGUCUCAUUCCCUUCUAAUGAUGUCGUAGUGAACAUCCGCCCUUUGCUCAUUGCUCAGGCGAGCAGCAAAGGCGGCAGGCUUGACCCUACAUGUGCCAAAAAACAAAAAAAACAUGUAAAGACAGAAAGGUUGAACAAACGGGUCCUCUGCCUUUUCACAGUUUGUUUGUUUACUGUUGUUUUCUAGAAGAAAAAAAGGGGAGAACACUAUGGAAAAAAUAAAUGUGUGGACCCAUUUCCCUGUGGAGACUGUUGUCCGAGAAACUUGAAGCAGACGUGUUUGUCAGGCGCUGACGUAAAAACUGCACUUUCAUGAAAAUGUUUUUCAUGUUUUAAAAUCUUUGUUUGGCAUAUCUGAAUCUUUUAUUCCAACCAAACAUCACGGGCUGGAUUACAUGACGUGUCACACCAGACUUUGAGAUCGUUCUAGUAAUGAAAACGGCUACAAAACUGGCAUUUCUAUACGAGUGAAAUUUGGUCAGCCUCAAGUGGCCAAUAAAGGAACUGCAGUUUUGCCACUUUUGGAAUAAGUUUAACUUUUUCUUUCAUCUAAGCAGUUUGUAACUUGCAGAGGACCCGCUAACACUUUAUUAGUGAGUUGACCUGACCUCAAGUUUGAAGUCUUACCCUCUUUAGCCUCAACUUUCUAGAGGAAAAUAGUACUCACAGCUUCUUCUAAAACCAAAACUAGCAACAUAUAUUUGAAUAUUCCACUUGUAGACUGCGUCUGAUGGCAUUUUCAUGUGUUACAUGGCCUCAACACAGCAUAGUCACAGCAGCAUCUGUUCUUUUUUACCUCAUGCUGUUGGGAUUUCUAUCCAUUCUCUUCCGGUUAUCUAUCAGGGUCUCUGGAGCCUAUCGCAGCUAACAUAGAGGGGGAGGCGGGGUACACCCUGGACAGGUCGCCAGUUUGUCGGCUAACAGAUAGAUAGUCAUUGACGCUCACAGUCGCACCUACAGCCAAUUUAGAGACACCAAUUAACUGAACAUGCAAACAGUGGGAGGAAGCCAGAGUACCCGUAGAGAGGCCACGGAGACACAGGGUCUGGCCGGUCAGUGGAUUCGAACCCAGGACCUUGUUGCUGUGAGGCAAUGGUGCUAACCAACAUCUUGUUGUGACAUCAUCCAAGCCAAUCAGUGCAGCGUCCAGCCUUUUACCUUCCUCUUUACACAACAGGACCUUGAAAAUUUCACGCUAUCUCUGUGAAAAAUAGUUUUAUUGUCUCCUACAUGUCACUAAUUGAUUACAUAAAUAUAAAUAAGAGAACAAAUCUGACAAAAAAAGUCAUUUUUAUAAACAACAACGCUGUGUUAUACCCACUAGUUGUCUUACUGUCAACAUCUUUCACUGAAAAGAUCAAAACAUCCAAGCGUUAGUCUGCUUCUCAACCAUUUCCCCCUUACUUCACAUAAAUCCACAUUUGGCUGACAGUAAACAAAACAGAACAUCCCCAGCCUUAGAGUUUCACUUUUCCAAACGUGACCUGAAUGCAGCAUCAGUUCCUUCUUUGUAUUGUUUGGUUGGAACAAAAACUUUCACACUUUGAGUCCUGUUUUUUCUGGAUGUUUGGAGUAAUCGGAAAGCAGGUUUUCUGCAGCAGCUCCAUCUCUUUGUGUAAGCGCGCAGACCUUUGGGACAAACUUCCUGACCCUGCGAGCGUUUCUGUGCUGGUGAGGUUGACGUGAUGGACCAGUCUGUGUGUCGUCGUAGCCCGUGCUGACAGUGACAUACCUUUUUGUGAUUUGACCUGAUUCUGUGCGAGUUUGAACAAAA